AUGGCCCAGGUUCGAGAAGAUUUCUUGUCCUCUGGCUCCAUGGUCCACUGGAGUUCCGGAGGCGGGGGAGGAGCCUCGCCCGAGGAGGUGGUUGAGAAGGCGGGGGAAAUGGAGGAGGAGGCGGUGGGGACGGUGAAGGCGUCUGUGGGCCCGGAAGCUGAAGAGAUGAAGCUGGAGCCAUUACAACAGCGUAAACCCGCGCCCGAGGAGAACUUAACGUGGAGCGGCAGCGGCGGCGACGAGAAGGUGCUCCCUUCAACCCCCACUACCUGUCACAGCAGCAACUUGUCCGUUUGCCGGCGCCGCAAGCCCUAUCCUCGGCCCCAGCCCCGGGCCUGCUCCCGAAGCCACCCCGGGCUCUUGGCCCCACCCCCGCUUCCAGCCGGGCCCCCGCCUUCGCCCCCACUGCGUCGCAGGGCCUGGCGCAGAUCCCGGCGGCGUAGAUCCCGGCCCAGGUCCAGGCCCCAGACACGCAGGAGCUGCUCUGGUGACCUCAGCGGUUCUGAGGACCAAGGCAGUUUAGGAGACUGGUUGCUGGAGGUCGAGUUUGAUCAGGGUUCCACAGGGUGCUCUCAUGUGGAGAGCUUUAAAGUAGCUAAGAACUGGCAGAAGAACCCGCGGUUGAUCUACCAGCGUUUCGUUUGGAGUGGGACCCCAGAGAUGAGGAAACGUAAGGCAAAGUCAUGCAUCUGUCAUGUAUGUAGUACUCAUAUGAACAGACUCCACUCUUGUCUCUCCUGUGUCUUUUUCGGCUGCUUUACUGAGAAACAUAUUCACAAACAUGCGGAAAAAAAACAGCACAAUUUAGCUGUUGACCUCUAUCAUGGGGUUAUAUAUUGCUUUAUGUGUAAGGAUUAUGUAUAUGACAAAGACAUAGAACAGAUUGCCAAAGAAACAAAAGAGAAAAUUUUGAAAUUAUUAACUUCCACCUCCACAGACGUUUCUCAUCAACAGUUUAUGACAUCAGAGGUUGAAGAAAAGCAAUCAACCUGCGAGUCAAAGGAACAGGAACCAAAAGUGAUGAAACCCAAGAAAAAGAGGAGAAAAAAGUUAGUCUAUACUGUAGGCCUGAGAGGACUAAUCAAUCUUGGGAACACCUGUUUUAUGAAUUGUAUUGUUCAGGCACUUACCCAUAUUCCUCUAUUGAAAGAUUUCUUUCUCUCUGACAAGCACAAAUGUAUAAUGACAAGCCCCAGUUUGUGUCUGGUCUGUGAAAUGUCUUCACUUUUUCAUGCUAUGUACUCUGGGAGCCGAACUCCUCACAUUCCCUAUAAGUUACUGCACCUAAUAUGGAUUCAUGCAGAACAUUUAGCAGGGUACAGGCAACAAGAUGCACACGAGUUCCUUAUUGCAGUAUUAGAUGUGCUACAUAGACACAGCAAAGAUGAUAGUGUUGGUCAGGAGGCCAGUAACCCUAACUGCUGUAACUGCAUCAUAGACCAAAUCUUUACAGGUGGCCUGCAGUCAGAUGUUACAUGUCAAGCUUGCCAUAGUGUCUCUACCACCAUAGACCCAUGUUGGGACAUCAGUUUGGACCUGCCUGGCUCUUGUGCCACGUUCAGUUCCCAGAGCCCAGAGAGGGCUGACAGGACAGUGAGCAGGGAUGACCACAUGCAAGGAAUCCCCUCACUUACAGACUGCCUGCAUUGGUUUACAAGGCCAGAGCACCUAGGAAGCAGUGCCAAAAUCAAAUGUAGUAGUUGCCAAAGCUAUCAGGAAUCUACCAAACAGCUCACAAUGAAGAAAUUACCCAUUGUGGCCUGUUUUCAUCUCAAGCGGUUUGAGCAUGUAGGCAAACAGAGGCGAAAGAUUAAUACGUUUAUCUCCUUUCCCUUGGAGCUGGACAUGACUCCGUUUUUGGCUUCUACUAAAGAGAACAGAAUGAAAGAAGGACAGCCAGCAACAGACUGUUUGCCCAGUGAGAAUAAGUAUUCCUUGUUUGCAGUGAUUAAUCACCAUGGAACUCUGGAAAGUGGCCACUAUACCAGCUUUAUCCGGCAACAAAAGGACCAGUGGUUCAGCUGUGAUGAUGCUAUCAUCACCAAGGCUACCAUUGAGGACUUACUCUACAGUGAAGGAUAUUUACUCUUCUAUCACAAACAGGGGCUAGAAAAAGACUAG